AUGGUUUAUGAAAGAGGCCAAAAGUAUAAUGUUAGAUUUUUAAGUUCAACCGGUAUAGAUUUUGGUGAGUGGGAGUUUUGCACUCGGGCUAUUCCAACCAAAGCAAUCAAAGAUCGUUGUCGAUCGGCUAGAAUCAACCAAUUGAUUCUAAAUGGGUUGUUAAGUAAAGAACUAACAGAUGAGCAAGUAAAUACUAUCAAGGUUCCAUAUAUACAAAUUGCAGACACUUUUGGGCAAUUGCUAGUAGAAAAUUUAGUAAACAAUUUUUAUAUCAUUUACUCCAGACCAACUUUUGAGAUACCAACAAAAUUAACUCAUAUCAAAAAGCUAAAACCAACAAUAAAAAUCUUCAAACAUCUAACAGUAAGUAUUAAAUUUUAUUAA